GCAGAGAACAUCCGUCUGCAAGAGCAGCGAGAGCCCAACUCCCUCUUGUGUCUGGCAGCAAGUCCCAGCCUGGCCAGUACAGAAGGGAUUGACUGGGAUUCUGUAGCAGGCAACAGAUCAUCAACAGAUGAAGAGCUUCUGAGAGAGGAGAGGGAGAAGGGCUUUGCAGCAAAGCCCUCCCAGCUUGCUCAAACGCCAGAGGUGAGUGCCAGCUCUUUGUGAACGGUGGGCUGCAAAGGAAGGAAAGAGGGGUGGGAGGCAAGAUUAAAAACUAAAUGCCGCGCUGUCAGCAGGAGACUUGGAAAAGAGCGAGAGCUUCAAGUGCUUUUCCUUGUGCUGGGUCGUCUGGCCGGGUGUGAGAGCUGGGAGGAUUGCAGUUGGUGCUUCUGAGCCGUCAGCGGAGCAGGAGAAACAGCAUUUGGGAUGCUGAUGGGGACUUGAACAGCUGUGAAAUCCCUCAAAGGACUGGAACAACAGGAAACCCAUGGAUGGUUUUUAUUCCUCCACGGAAAGGCAGGCUGUGAUCAACGACACCAGGAGUAGGAAGAGCUGGGCAGAGGAAGGCAACUCCACGUUGUCCUUCCGUGGGGUGACAGCUGCCUUACUUUUCCUUCUCAUCCUCUCCACGCUCCUGGGCAACACCCUGGUGUGCGUGGCUGUCAUCAGGUUCAGACACUUGCGCUCGAAGGUCACCAACUUCUUUGUUAUCUCCUUGGCUGUGUCUGACCUCUUCGUGGCUGUCCUGGUGAUGCCUUGGAAGGCCGCCACCGAGGUGGCGGGGUUCUGGCCCUUUGGGGCUUUCUGUGAUGUUUGGGUGGCUUUCGAUAUCAUGUGCUCCACAGCCUCCAUCCUCCAUUUGUGCAUCAUCAGCGUGGACCGCUACUGGGCCAUCUCCAGCCCCUUCCGUUACGAGAGGAGAAUGACGCAGCGCGUGGCUUUCAUCAUGAUCGCGGUGGCUUGGCUGCUCUCCCUCUUGAUUUCCUUCGUCCCUGUGCAGCUGAAGUGGCACAAGGACCGUGAGCUCCUCAGGCAGCAGGAGCCAGAUUUAAACGUCACCGUGGAGGAGAACUGUGAUUCCAGCCUCAGCAGGAUUUACGCCAUCUCAUCUUCUCUCGUUAGCUUCUACAUCCCUGUUGCCAUCAUGAUUGUGACGUACACCCGCAUCUUCCGCAUUGCCCGGCGGCAGAUCCGCAGGAUCUCCUCGCUGGAGAGAGCGGUGGAACAUGCCCAAAGCUGCCGCAGCAGCGACUGCCCUCACGAAGCCUCCCUGAAGAACUCCUUCAAGAAGGAGACCAAGGUCCUCAAGACCCUCUCCGUCAUCAUGGGUGUCUUUGUCUUCUGCUGGCUGCCUUUUUUUGUGCUCAACUGCAUGGUGCCCUUUUGUGAUCUCGACCUCCACGAGCCAGGAGAGCUGCCUUGCGUCAGCGAGACCGUCUUCAGCAUCUUUGUCUGGUUCGGCUGGGCCAACUCUUCGCUCAAUCCUAUCAUCUAUGCCUUCAACGCAGACUUUCGGAGAGCCUUUGCAACCAUCUUGGGCUGUGGCUACCUUUGCCCCAGCAAUGCGGUGGAGACGGUGAACUUCAGCAACGAGCUGGUCUCCUACCACCACGACACCACCUACCACAGGGAAGCGGCGACCCUUAGCUACCCCCAGCUUCUCCCCCAUGCUGCCCCGCAGGUGGAAAACAACGAGGUGUCCUGCGACAAGGUCUCUCAGGUCUCCUCUCACAGCCCUGUGGGUGCCUUACCUGCGGUGAUACACGUGGAGUAUGAAAUGGCCGUCUCGCUGGAGAAGAUUACACCUUUCACCAGCAAAGCAAUGGACUGA